AGGAGGCGACAUGGAUCUGUGCAGCGUGACGUGUUUGAGGAUUCUUCUCUCUUCUUAUCUCAUCUUGCUGCCGCUCACAGCGAGGUGCAAGCCCGUCAUCUCCCCCGGCGGGCCCCACAUCGUGGUCCCCAAGCGGGGCCGGCUGGAGCUCCAUUGCCAUGACAACGCCAGCGCGUCCGGGCUCAGGUGGCAGCGGGACAAAGCUCGCCGACUGGAGGGGGAGGCGGAGGAAGGGGGCGUGGCCGUGGUCAAGGUGGCCGCCGUGCAGCCCUACCACAUGGGCCGCUACGUGUGCGUCAACAACAGCACGCGGGAGAGCAGCUCCAUCUACGUCUACGUCAAAGACCCCGCCCACGCCUUCCAGCGCACCAUGGUCAGUGUCAUCCUGGUGAGGGCCGGAGAGAACUGCACCAUCCCCUGCCUGGUCACUGACCCCCAUGUGACCCUGCUGGCCCUGCACACCUGCGACGGGCGACCUUUGCCCUCCGCCAUGAAGUACUGGACCCAGCGCGAGGAAGGCGUUACCGUCGGCAACGCCCAGAAGGACUUUGAGGGAUGUUACGUGUGUGUAGGGCGCAGAGGUGACCUCAACCUGACCUCUGGACACUACACUCUGGACGUGCGGCAAGUUCCAGAGGAGCUCCCGGUCCUCACCUUGUCCCAGAGGGGCAAGGUCAUCUUGCGGAAAGGAGAGAAGUUGGAGCUGACUUGCAGCUCCGCCAACGUCAACCCAGACUUUAACGUCAAGUGGGACUACCCUUCCACCGCGCACCCGGAGGAGUCCCACAGCUCACACAUCCUGUCCGGUUCUCACAGUUACCACCGGGCCUCCCGGCUCUUCACCGCCUGGGUGGAGGGGCCGGACUCGGGGACGUACCGCUGCUCCGCCCACAACGAGAGAGGCGGCAGCUCGGCGGUGCUCCAGCUGGACGUGUGUGAUAAAGGGUUCAUCACCAUGUUGGGUCUCCCAAGUCCUGCACGGGCUGAUGUUCAAGAGGGCGAGAGUCUGAGUCUCCGAGUGGAGUUCGAUGCCUAUCCUGCUCCUAGAUCCCUGUUCUGGUCUCACAAGAACCAACGACUGCUCAACACCAGCGAGCAUGUCAUCACCGUCCACCAACACCGAUAUAGGUUCAUCAGUGAGCUGAAACUGGUGAGGGUUCUCGGCUCAGAAGGGGGCGUCUACAAGUUCUUCGCCAGUCAUGAAGACGCGUCUGUGGAACACUUCUUCCAAGUGUAUGUCAACAGUAAGCCAGUCAUCAUCGCCCAGGAAGGACCAGUAGACGGUCAGGUGAAGUGUGUGGCUGCUGGUCAUCCAGUUCCUAAGAUCAGCUGGUACCUCUGUGACCUCCCUCACACCAGAUGCUCCAAACUGCCCAACGCCACCCAAUGGGAAACUGUGGACGUCGCCAUGGUGACAGGCUCCACCUUCGGCAGGAGUCAGGUGGAGAGCCGACUGAACGUCAGCAAGGAGCACGCCCACUUCCACACCUUGGAGUGUGUGGCCUCCACCGACACUGAGGAGGUCUUCACCCUCUUCUCCAUCAGCGAGCGCCUGGUCCCCCAUGAACUCUUCACCCCGCUUCUAAUCAGCAUCGUGGCCACUGGCGCCGUCCUCUGCCUCUUCCUGGUACUGCUGCUCUACAAGUACAUGCAGAAACCCAAAUUCCAGAUCCAGUGGAAGGUGAUCGAGAGUAUCCAUGGCAACAACUACAUCUACUUUGACCCCACCCAGCUGCCCUACGACUCCAAAUGGGAGUUUUCUCGGCAGAGGCUGCGCUUCGGGAAGACCCUCGGCGCCGGCGCCUUCGGGAAGGUGGUGAGGGCCACGGCGUACGGCCUGUGCUCGGGCGACGCCCUCACCACGGUCGCCGUCAAGAUGCUCAAACCCAACGCCCACGCCACCGAGAAGGAGGCGCUGAUGUCGGAGCUGAAGGUGCUCGGUUACCUCGGCAACCACGUCAACAUCGUCAACCUGCUGGGAGCCUGCACGGUCGGAGGUCCCAUUUUAGUUAUCACCGAAUACUGUUGCUAUGGCGACCUACUCAACUUCCUGCGCAGGAAAAGAGAGACCUUUCUGAAUUCCCAAACUGGGGACGGCUACUACCGCAACGUCUCCGAGCAAACUGAGCCAUCAAGUAGCAGCCAGGUGUCAGGGACAGGAUAUGUGCCGAUGCGUCCAUCUGACAAAGACAGGUCCUCUCAGUCAGAUGAUGUGGAGGAGCUUUCUCUGGAUGCUGAAGAUCUGCUCAGCUUCUCCUACCAGGUGGCCAAAGGGAUGGAGUACAUCACCUCUAAGAAUUGCAUCCACAGAGACCUGGCAGCCAGGAAUGUUCUCUUGACUCACGGCAGGGUGGCCAAGAUCUGUGACUUUGGUCUGGCCAGGGACAUCACCAGCGAUUCCAGCUACGUGCUGCGAGGAAACGCACGUCUGCCAGUCAAGUGGAUGUCUCCUGAGAGCAUCUUUGACUGCGUCUACACCUUUGAGAGUGACGUCUGGUCCUACGGCAUCCUGCUGUGGGAGAUCUUCUCUCUGGGUAAGAGUCCUUACCCCGGCAUGCAGGUGGGCUCCGCAUUUUACCGACUGAUCCAGGAGGGCCACAGGAUGAGCAAGCCCCAGUUUGCACCCACUGACAUAUACAACAUGAUGGUCUCAUGCUGGAACCAGGACCCCCUGAAGAGACCCCCUUUUAGAAAACUGGUGGAGAGGACUGAACUCCUUCUGUCAGAAAAUACCAGGAAUGUUUACCUGACGCUCAGCAACACUUCAGCUUCCUCGGAGCAGCAAAGGGCACCAUCGCGGAGACUUAGCUCAGUGUGUAGCACCACAGCCCCCACCCAGCCGCUACUGCAGAACACGGCUGACGUCUUCCUGGACUACGUCUGAAGGACAACAAAGUCACAACAAAAGUUGCCUAAGUGCAGAAAUAUCUUUGCUUUUGCCAACAUUUCAAAUACUUUUUUAAGUAGCGUCAACUUCUUGAGUCCAGUUGUCUGCUUCAAUGUUUGCAUUCAGUUCUGCAACUUGGUUGUAGAAAGCAGCUGCACACGUGCACAUCUAUCUUUGGAAACAUUUUAAACACGCACUGAGCUUUCUGUGACACGCAAAGUGUUUAUGCUUUUAAGUGUUGUGUUGGUGUGUGUGUGUUGUGUUGUGUGCAGCAUACGACAUAAACAUAAACACUAGGCCGGGGGAGAGGGGUGGAUUAGACUGGAAUUAUUACACAACAUUGUUCGCUGACAUCAGCUUUAAUCCUGUCAGAUUGGGCUGUCUAUGAAUAAUAAUAACAAUAGGGAUUGAUGAGCCAGUUGCUUGGUAAUUAGCUUAGCUCAGCAUCAUCACUGGAAACAAAAUGCACUGAUUAUUUGUGUUUAUGUCCUUAAAUGGCUUGUUAGCAACAUUAUCUUAGCAUCAAGUCCGGAAACUCGCGCAGCUUGUUUAUGUUCCGUACCCCUGACAACCUUAGUUUAGCCGCAAAUACAGAAAGUUUCAUUUUUGUUUUUGUUUACUUCCCACAGUGGCUUGUUCACAACUUUAGCUUAGCAUCGGUACCCCCUUAGCAACUUUAGCUUAGCAUCAUGGCCACAAAGACAGAUGAUGCACUGAACCAUUUUUGUUUACUCCCCAGAUUGGCUUGUUAGCCACUUUAGCUUAGCAUCGACACCCCUUAGCAACUUUAGCUUAGCAUCAUGGCCACAAAGACAGAAGAUGCACUGAACCAUUUUUGUUUACUCCCCAGAUUGGCUUGUUAGCAACUUUAGCUUAGCAUUGAUACCCCUUAGCAACUUUAGCUUAGCAUCAUGACCACAAAGAGAAGAUGCACUGAACCAUUUUUGUCUGCUCCCCACAGCGACUUGUUAGUAACUUUAGCUUAGCAUUGAUAACCCUUAGCAACUUUAGCUUAGCAUCAUGACCACAAAGACAGAAGAUGCACUGAAAAAUGUUUGUUUACUCCCCAGAUUGGCUUGUUAGCAAUUUUAGCUUAGCAUCGACACCCCCUAGCAACUUUAGCUUAGCAUCAUGGCUACAAAGAGAAGAUGCACUGAACCAUUUUUGUUUACUCCCCAGAUUGGCUUGUUAGCAACUUUAGCUUAGCAUCAUGACCACAAAGACAGACGAUGCACUGAAAAAUGUUUGUUUACUCCCCAGAUUGGCUUGUUAGCAACUUUAGCUUAGCAUCGACACCCCUUAGCAACUUUAGCUUAGCAUCAUGACCACAAAGACAGAAGAUGCACUGAACCAAUUAUUGUUUACUCCCCAGAUUGGCUUGUUAGCAACUUUAGCUUAGCAUUGAUACCCCUUAGCAACUUUAGCUUAGCAUCAUGACCACAAAGACAAGAUGCACUGAACCAUUUUGUUUACUCCCCAGAUUGGCUUGUUAGAAACUUUAGUUUAGCAUCAUGACCACAAAGACAGAAGAUGCACUGAACAAUUUUUGUUUACUCCCCACAACGACUUGUUAGCAACUUUAGCUUAGCAUCGAUACCCCUUAGCAACCUCUAGCUUAGCAUCAUGGCCACAAAGACAGAAGAUGCACUGAACAAUUUUUGUUUACUCCCCACAACGACUUGUUAGCAACUUUAGCUUAGCAUCGAUACCCCUUAGCAACCUCUAUCUUAGCAUCAUGGCCACAAAGACAGAAGAUGCACUCAACCAUUUUUGUUUACUCCCACAGCGACUUGUUAGCAACUUUAGCUUAGCAUCAAUACCCCUUAGCAACUUUAUCUUAGCAUUGAUAACCCAAGCAAAGUUAAUCAUUAUUUCAGGUUAAACACGUAAUAUUUAAGUAAUAUUGUUAGAUGUUUUUGCUUUGCGACAAGACCAAGAAACACUAAUGACUGAUAAAGUUUGCAGCUUGCUAGCUACACAAUUUUUUUCACAUUUAAUCCCCCAAAUAAUUUGUCACUUUAGCUUCAUUUCCAGAUUAGAAACACACACAUAUCCCUGAUUAUGUUUAUUUAAUCAUCUAAGCAUCUUGAUAGCUACAUUGGCCUUGCAUCAAUACUCAAAACACAAAAUAGACAACUUCAUCUUUUUAGUUCGUUUACCAAAGUAUCUCGUAAGCAACCUUAGUUUAGCAUCCAACUACAUAGAGCUAACAUUUUUUUGUUUAAUACCUAAAUUAGCUCGUUAGCAACCUUAUCUUAGCAUCAACACACAGAUAGCUAACUGUUUUUUUUUCAUUUAAUACCUAAUUUAUCUUGUUAGUAACCUUAGCUUAGCAUCAAAACACAGAUAGUUAACAUUUGUUGUCAUUUAUUAGCUAAUUUAUUUGGUUAGCAUCCUAAACUUAGCAUCAAAACACAGACAGUUAACCAUUUUUUGUUCAAUACAUAAAUUAUCUUGUUAGCAAACUUAGCUUAGCAUCAAAGCACAGCUCGCUAACAGAAAGCAUUUUUUUUUAAUUUAAUACCUUCUUUAUUUUGUUAGCGUCCUUAUCUUGGCAUCAAAACACCCAUAGCUAGCUAUUUGUUUCCGUUUAAUACCACAAUUAUAUUGUUAGCAUCCUUAGCUCAGCAUCAAAACAGAUAGUUAACCAUUUUUUUUUGUUCAAUACAUCAAUUAUUUCGUUAGCAAACUUAGCUUAGCAUCAAAACACAGAUAGUGAACAGAAAGCUAUCUUGGCGGUCUUAUCUUGGCAUCAGAACACCCAUAGCUAGCUAUUUUUUUCCCGUUUAAUACCUCAAUUAUCUUGUUAGCAUCCUUAGCUUGGCAUCAAAACACAGUUAUUUAACUUUUUUUUGUACAAUACAUAAAUGAUCUCGUUAGCAAACUUAGCUUAGCAUUAAACCCAGAUAGGGAACAGAAAGCUAUCUUGGCAUCAAUACACACAUAGCUAGCUAUUCUUUUUCUGUUUUGUACCUCAAUUAUCUUGUUAGCAUCCUUAGCUUGGCAUCAAAACAAAUACAGCUGACUUCAUUUUUGUAUUGUUUGUUAAUUGAAUACCUCAAUUAUCUUGUUAGCAUCCUUAGCUAUUAGCAUCCAAGUAAAUAUUUUUUUUCAAUGAAUACCUCAAAGAUCUAUGAAGCAACCUUAUCUUAUCUAGAGCAGAAAUACACAAAAGUAAUUAUGUCUAAUCACCAAAGCCGCUUGCCAGCUGCAUUAGCUUAGCAUCAAAACACUGAGCUAACUGACUUUGUCUUUUUAGUUCAAUCGUCCAAGUAGCUUGUUAGCAAGCUUAGCUUAGCAUAACACAGAAAUACACGUUUCCUUUUAGUUCAAUCAACUAAAAGCAGUUUGCUGGCUAGUUUAGCAUAAUUGUAGCCUUUAGUUCUUUAGCGUCGCCGGUUAGCUGCCUUAGCUUAGCAUCAAAGCUGGAAACAAUGAGAGUUGAGUCGUGUUAUCUUCACGUUUUACAAAUCCUCAUUUAUUGACGCAACAAUUGUGGAAAUUGGCCGAUAAUCUUUCCUCUGUGACGUGUCUCAAGGUCCUGAGACUCAAAAGUUACAAGUCUAAAGAUUCCAUCCGAUUCCGAUUCCUGAGGUGACGAUUCGAUUCAGAAUCGAUUCAAAAAACAAUUCUUGCAAUGUGUAAUUUGUUAAUUAAGUUUUUCAAAACAGGUUUAAAAAAAAGCUCCUUCUGUUUGCUUGAAAAACGUCCUUUUAAAAAGCGAUUCUUAUAAAAAAAAAUUAUGAAAAAUAAAAUAUAUAUUUUUGGGGGGAUUUUUCAAAAUGAAGAAUGGAUUCAGAAUGGGGAUGAAUUAGAAUCGUGAUUCGGACAUGACUCGAUGACUGUUACUGUUGUAUAUUUCAGUUAUGUGACAAAAUGUUGGCAUGUUUGUGUUUUCUUUUCGGGGUUAGUGGGCGUGUCCUCUUUGGUCACAUGAUGGCUUUGAUUGGUUUGUUUCAGACGUGUUGAACAUUACGAGUAUGCACUGUAAAUACAAGGCGUGCCUUUAUUUUGACGGUUGUGUUUGUUAGUGGAGGUUCCUGUGGUUUUGAUACACUUGCUGGACUUGUGAUAAUAAAGAAGGUACC